AUGGGCUGGGCCUAGACGCAUUACAACCCAGGUCUCUUCAAAGCCCAAUAGUCUCCACAUCCAAUAUCGACCCUACAUUCAUCUAACCACCAAAACCCUCUUCUACCUUGUUCUACGGCAUUGUGUGGAGCAGUAAUCACCGGCAACAAUGGCGUACGCAGCGUUGAAACGAUCGUCAACAAUGAAGUCAAUGGCCACCAGAAUCGGUCAAUCAUGGCGGCAGUUUGCUUCCGUUUCAGUCGGCAGCGAUCUCGUUGCAGCCGCUCCCAAUGUUUCGCUCCAGAAGGCUCGAACCUGGGACGAAGGUGUCUCGUCUCAGUUCUCCACCACUCCUCUCUCUGAAAUUUUCAAGGGUAAAAAGGUCGUCAUAUUUGGGCUUCCUGGUGCAUUCACGGGAGUUUGUACAAGUCAGCAUGUUCCAAGUUACAAGAAAAACAUCGACAAGUUCAAGGCUAAAGGUGUUGAUUCGGUUAUCUGUGUGUCGGUUAAUGAUCCAUACACCAUGAAUGGCUGGGCUGAUAAGCUUGAAGCUAAAGAUGCUAUUGAAUUCUACGGAGACUUUGAUGGUAAAUUUCACAAGAGCUUGGAGCUGGACUUAGAUCUCAGUGCUGCAUUGCUUGGACAUCGCUCAACUAGAUGGUCGGCAUUUGUGGAGGACGGCAAGGUUAAGGUUCUGAACGUCGAGAAUGUUCCUUCUGACUUUAAGGUUUCCGGAGGUGAGGUAAUCUUGGGGCAGAUAUAGAACAGUACUGCGAGGAAAGUAAUGAAUAAUUGGUUCAAACUAUGUUUGUAACUUAUGGGGAAGUAAAUUGACAAUCAUCAUCCCUUCCCCCUGAUGAUACUUUUGGCUACUCUUAUCUGGUCUUGUUAUUUUGUUUGAUAUACCAUGGACGUUGAUAAGAAAAUGCAACUUUGAAACUAAA